UAGUAAAGUCUGUUUUACGCUGUAGAAAGCCUGGUACCAUUUACCCAGUCACACCAAUUACUAAACCAUUUAACAGCAAUUGUGGUGAUGUGAGGCACCCUGAAAGGUUAAAGAAAGUCUAGAUAAAUAUUACUUUAAAUCCAGGUCAUAAAGCCUAAUUACAUCUCUUUGACUUGUUCUUGUCUAACUACAAAUCCACCCAUACAGUGCUCAAAUUGCAACAAUAGUUGAUUUUCACAACAAACAACUCUUAACCUAUUAAAGAUGAGUGUACGCAUGCUCAGAUCAAAAUAUCCGAGGUUGAAGUCUGUUUUACGGCAGAUGCGUACCAGUGUUGUUGCCAUGGUAUCUCCGUGACAGUCACUCAAGCAGUCCAUUGUAAGGAGCUGGCAGAGGAUUUGAGGAUAUUAAUAGAAAAUAUAAUUCGGUUUGGGUUGUUUUUUACUAUACCCCGUUCGUAAAUUAUGUCGUUAAUAAAGAUUGUCACGCGUUUGGUGCUAUUAAUGGCCAGACAUAGCCGCCAUCUUCUGCGUUUUAGAGUACCGUUUACCGACUGGCCCUCUCUUCAAUGUGAGCUGAUAAUGUCCGUGGUAUAAUCGCCGUAUAGCACCGUAACCUGACGGCUUGUACGGUAUCACUCCGCUUUGUUUCCACAUCCAAAUCCUUCGCUUCAUUUUCUAUUUAAACAAAGCCACUGGAUGCCCGGUGGAGCCAAGGGCUAACAUGAAUGCAGACCUGAGUGGAUCUUGUAAAAAUACUGAUUUGUUUGAUAUGGAUACUAAAGAGGACAGAACCAUGAAAGAAGAGGAAGAGUCAGAAGAGGAGGAGGGUGAGGUAAAUUCAAGUGACAUUUCUAGACAUGCAAUUGUAUCCGACUUGGAACUGGAUGAACUUGAAAUGAGCAGGUCUGAAAUUAAUAAGCUCACAAGGAAGCAGACAUUGUGGGCUGUGACUAUCUUCUUUGGCUGGCUGGAGUCCCAGGGGCUCCAAGUGGACCCUAACACAGUGGAGAAGACUGAACUGAAUGGGAUGCUGAGACUAUUUUAUGGAUCAGUACGAACCAGCAAAGGAGAAAUGUAUGGGAUUUCUAGUUAUGUUGCACUAAGAGCUGGACUCAACCGGUACUUUAAAGAGCCUCCUGUCAGCCGCUCUAUGUGCAUAAUGAGAGAUGCUGAAUUCACAUCAGCCAACAAGGUCUUCUUGGGAAUGCUCAAGAGAAUUAGGAAGUCUGGUCGAGACAGGGCACAACAUCAUCCAUCAUUGUCCCCUGAUGAUAUCCGCAUCCUAAGACACUCACAUGUGAUGGACAUCCGCACUCCGAAAGGUCUUCUGAACAAAGUCUGGUUUGAUAUACAGAUAUAUUUUGGCCGCAGAGGGAAACAGGCCAAUAGGGAUCUAAAGCCAGACUCAUUCAUAAUCAGACAAGAUGAAAAGGGACUUAAAUACUGCACCCUAUCCUUCAUUGAAGAAACAAAAUUCCAUAACAAAAAAGAUCAAUGCUACAUGUAUGAGAAGCCAGGCAAUGAGUUCUGUCCUGUUACCUCUCUUGUGAAGUACCUCCGCAAGCUCCCAUCAAGUGCAGUUGCUCUUUAUCUACAGCCAAAAAGGGAGAUCACAAAUGAAAUAUGGUAUAACAACACCCCUCUUGGAGUCAAUUGUCUAGGCUCGAUGCUUUCUCGUAUGUGUAAAGAAGCUCGCACAUCAGUCAUAUAUACCAAUCACUGUAUCAGGACCACGCCCUUUAACCUGCUGUGUAAUGCGGGACUGGAGGGGAGAUUAGUUAUUCCUGUCAUCCUGGGCAGGGUUGUAAACACCCUUCAAAGUGAGUCGACGCCAUCGCUUGGGAGCAGUAAGAAGUGGAGAAAAAUAUUACCAAAGAGCGAUUCAGCUAUCCCAGCAGGUCUGCUGCCAGACCGUCCGGCGACCCAAACAGAAGUCCACUCAAGCACACACACUGUGCACCGUUAAUACAGUUGAUUCAUUUUAUUAUAAGUUAAAUCUUUAGUUAAAAGUCUGCAUAAACCAAUACCAUACUGGAUACAGGAAAUUUCUUUUGUUUGGUAAAAAUAAAAGUAAUAAACAAAAAAACAGAGCUUCUGUUUUCACUUUAAAAUGUAAGUGUCAAAUGGUUUUAAUUAACUAUCACCUUUUGAUGCUGGAAAAUCAUGUAAAGUUCUCCAUUGUCUGUGUUGCUGAACUCCAUCUCAUCUGUAUUUUGCUGUUCAAAUUGAUGAAUUUGUCAUUGUAUCAUUAGGAGUGCUAUCUUGAAUUAAUUUCUAAAGUGAAUUACUUCAUCUUGUGUUUCCCUCUCCAGCUGAAGAAUUCCUGGAUGAUUUUCCAUUCCUCCAGCCUGCUUCAAACCAGAGCUAUGUCCCUGAUGCUGUGCUCCCACCUGGAGAGCCCUGGCUCCAUGGUGGCCCCUCUCGGGCGGUGCUGUCCCUGCCUUCCUGCCUCAGCCUUGGCACAGGAGUUGGGCUUGGGAUGUCUGGGCCAAGCUCCUCUGGGGAAGAGCAAAGGGAAGGGAUGAAGGUGUACGCAAGGUGUCAUCUUCAGCAGGGACUCAUGUUUGGACCAUAUCUUGGAGAAAUGUGCAGAGGACAAAUGCCAACCAACCUCAAAUAUGCCUGGGCUAUCAGGGAUGAUGCUGCUUUUGUGUACGUGGAUGCCGCUGAUGAAAAUAAAUCUAACUGGAUGAGGUUUGUGACUUACACCAGUAGUGAGGAGGAGCACAACCUAGUAAUCUUCCAGUUUUACCGCCACAUCUAUUACAAGGUCUCCCAGCCCAUCGCUGAGGGAGCAGAGCUUAAAGUUUGGAUUGGCAAGGAUUAUGCCACCUUAUUGGGUCUGGGGAUGGGUGACAAUGAGAAAUGUGAAUUUGGAGACAAGGAGACAGUUCUGCGUCUUCUGCAGGACAUCCAGCUGGUCACCCUUCCAGAGCCUAGCAGCUCCUCCAUUUGGUCAGACCGCAGCCAAUCACAGAGCCCCAUGCCUGUCAUCAGUGAUGUGAUGUCGAUGCCAAACCUCGACGCAGUUUGUGAUUCAGGCAUGGCUUCUGGAUCCACCUAUCCUUCGUCCUCCCUAAUGUCUUUCCCUUCGCCAAGCUAUCAACCAUCUGAAAAGUAUGAGUUUAUGGCCGGAACUGAGAAACUGCUGAGCAAUCCAAAUGUAACACAGCAAAGUCCAUGGUACUUUUUUGGGUUAGAGCCUGACCCAGCUGGUCGGCCUCUUGACCGAAACAUUGCUGUGUGUAAACUGUGUGGUGAACGUGUCAGCUGUGGAGGGGGAACCUUGGAUCUCCAAAACCAUCUGAGCAGCAAGCACCACAUCAGACCUCGAGAGAGCUAUAAGGAUAGAAGCCUUCAACCAGCAGGUCAACAACGCUCUCAGCCAGCGAUGACUAACAGCAGCCAGGCCAGCAGCAAUCUGCCCCUUGUAUUAUCAGUCCAUGUGACUAACGCCAUCACCAACUAUGUCAUCAUGGAUCUCCAGCCCCCAGCUCUUGUAGAAGGGGAGGGUUUCAAACAGCUGAUCCACACCCUCCUGCCUUUCUACAAGGAGAUGCCUUUGACAUGUCAGCUUGAAAAUCUUCUGAAAGAACAUCACACCAAAGGCAAAAUGAGCUUGGCUCAGCUGUUGAGGAAAACCAAGGAAGAAAACGAGGAGACUGAUUACACUGCUCCCCUGGACUUUGAGCCCAGGAAACGAGGCCGACCUCCCAUCCAUGGACGGGAAGUUCCUCAUUUUGUCACCUUAAGUGUGGAUGAUUGGCUCCACAACUGGCAAGGCAACACUGAAAGAUACGUAACCCUCUGGGCACAUUUCAUUGACAAUGAUUUUAAUCUUCAGAACCUGGCUCUGGUGACACAAAAACUGAUAGAAAGUGAGGUGAAAGACUCAAGCCUUCGAGCGGCGGAGGCUCAAGUAAAAGCGAUGGCCCAGGAGUGGGGAAUCUCACAGCCUAAUCUGCUCUUGCUGGGAGGAGAGGGAAGAAACAACAUGAAGAUGGAUCCAACAAAGAGUGGGAAAGGCGGAGAAGCUGCUGGUAGCCUUCCUCAUCCCAACUCUACCACAUUCCUGGAGAGAGAUGACUCCGUGUCAUCAGAGGAGCAAAGUGGCUCGGAGCCGGGAGCAUCAAGUGAAGGACUAGCCUCUGUGCCAUGUUUUUUUAGUGUUUUACAAGGCUGCGUUGAGGAAGUGAUGUCACACAGUGUCAUUUUCAAGACCCUGAGACAAUUUCAAAGUAUCCUUUCAAAUCUCUUCUUGCCGCAGGAACAGAAUAGAGGCAUAUAUCAGCACCACAUAGGCAAGCUCGUGCAGACUCUUACAAAAGAAGAACAGGCAGAGCUGAAGUCAUGGGCUCAUAGUCUUCCAACAUGGAAUAAGCUCUAUCCUGUGCUGAGCACACUCAUCAAACACAAAAGCUUCUUCUGUGAAACCAUAAAAGCAAUCAAAGAAGAGUAUAAUGAAGACACUGCUUCAGAAUCCAGUUCAUUUGCUGGCUGCCACGCAAACUCCACCUCAAACACAACCUCACCAAGCUUUUCGUCCUUAAGGUCUGAGUGGAAGAUUCUUGAGGAUUUGUGUUCAGUUCUCAAACCUCUAGAUGUAGCAUGUCGAACUCUUGCUAAGGAGGCUUUCCCUCGUCUGUCACUCAUCAAACCCAUUCUCACUGGCCUGCUUUCCCGUCACCUUGUGCCACGGCCUGGAGAUUCUUCAUCCAUCCUGAAAGAGGUGAAGAGGAUGAUGAGGCGGAAUUUGACAAGAUGUUACGAUAACCCUGUUGUCAACAGGGUCCUGUGUGUGGCGUGUUCCCUUGACCCUCAGUUCCAUGGCCUGGGAUUCAUGGAAGAGAAGGAGCAGAAAGCCACUUUUGAUUGGCUAAAGAAAGAGGCAGUCAGGAUCAUAAAGGAGGACAAAAGAAGAAACAGAGGCACGAGGCAAGGCCAUGGCAAGAGAAGCCCCUCACCCAGAUCACCGGAGUCAGACUGUGAGUUCCGACGGAGGAGCAAGCGGAUCAAAGAAUCCCGCCCUAUCAACUUCAGAGGGAUGGAGGAGGAAGAUGAAGAAAGUGAUGUAGAGGAGCUUGAAGAGAGUGAAGAGGCAGAUCCAGGUGCUCGGGGUGUUGGCCUCUCAGGUAUGGAGUUCCUCCUAGGAGACCUGUACUCCACUGCCCCAAAGAGUCAGCAGAGCUCCAUCGAGGAGUCUGUAGACAUGGAGAUGUCCGUCUUCAGAGCUGACAAGGGAGCGUCACUGGGAGUAGAGCCCCUGCAGUGGUGGAGGACAAAGGCAGUACAGUUUCCUCUGCUAGCUACAGUUGCAAGGGCUUACCUGGCUGCCCCGGCUGUGGCAGGUAGUGCUGCACAGGAUUUUGUGCAGGAGGGAGCACGGUCCACCUACAGCAAAAGAGCCAACAUUCCUCCUGAAAGUUUGGACUCAAUUUUGUUUUUGCACCACAAUCACAUACUCACCACCGAGAAGGGGGACCUAGUAAUGAAGAAUGAGUACUAGAAUAAUUGGAUCAGAAGGGUCCAAUGAAAACACAGACAGCUCAUUUCCGUUUUUAAAAACUCUAAAUUUCACCACCUCUCUCACUGAUUGACUCUUAAGUGGCAAAACCUUAACCUUAACAACUAAAGUAUAUUUGGUGACCCAACAGAGUAUUUUUAAUUGGGAUGCACGAUGGUGUCGGUACCGAUAAAUUAUGGGCCAAUAUUGCAUUUCAUUGUAUCUUAUUCUGAUAAUAAGAUAUUGACUGAUAAAAUCCACUGAUAAUUAAGGCAUUUGUUGUCUUCCUCACGAGACUACACAUUACAAAACAAUAGGUAGCAUCAUGGUAUGUAGCCCAUCAUUAAGCCCAAGAGAAGAAGAAGUCACAGCUGCACGGAAACUACAGCCCUCUACCGCUGUUCCCCAACUUAGAUGUUGGAGCUGGGACUGACGUCACUCUUUCAGUUGAAUGCGUUCAAUUUGCUUUGUAACUGGGGGUGCUCUGACUUGCGAGUCAGAAUUACAAGUUCAGGGUGCAUUUCUGAGUUAUGAGGACAAAUGGAACGCACCAUACUAGUCUUUUCUAGGCUUUACCUGACUAGUAUGGGAGUUUUUCAGUGUUUCAGAAGAGGAUAACACAACUGCGUUUGUAAAACAAGCUCCACAACCAUUCCAAAGGAAGGAAAAACUCAAGUUAUAACCCAACAGAUCUUAUAGUUCACGUAAGAGCUAUCAUCCUAAUGACAGACUAUUUACUAAGGCUAAGUGCCGAUUUAACAGGCAUUUGAAACUGUAGAAAGUUUGUCAGAGACAGCCAAAAGGCAAAUCUUUUAAUGACUAAAUCAGUGUCUUGGUCUCCCAGUCUGCAGCUACAUUUUAGAUGUGGUCCUGGCUGCUUUGUUUGAAGCGUUUUAUUUACAGUCUGAUUGAUAACAUCAGAAACGUAAGUAUAUUCAUAGUACUUAACCAUUUUUACCUCCCUUUCAGUAUUGAUUUCGUCAAGUAAAACUACAACUAAAAAUGUUCGUUGAUAGGCUUUUCCAUGAGAAAGACUAGACUAAGACUAGCCAAAAAUAGAUCUUUGAUGACUAAAAGUAAGUUUAGUUUUCAUCAAGAUGACUAAGCUAGACUAAAAUGUAAUUCAGUUUUCAUCGGACAUUCAAAAUCCAUGAUAUUUCCCCACUGUGGGUAAGUCUGUCAGAUUACAAUGCAUUUGUAUUUCUUCUGCUCUUAAAUGUAGAAAACAAGGAUCCCAGGUUCGGCAGGGUGCAUAAAACACACUACCAUGAUUUGGUACCAGAUUCAGGCAAGAGAAUGAAUGCUUGGACUAAAAGUUAAGACUAAAAUGUGAGGGAUUUUAAUGGACUAAAACUAGACUGAAAUAUUUUUGAGUUUUCAUGGACUUAAACUAUAAAGGGUAGAAAUUACUAUAAUGUGACUAAACAUAAAGGUACUUAAUCUAAAGACUAAAAUGAAAAAUAGGUGUCGAAAUGAACACUGCUCCCUUUGUUUAUACUUCUGUCAGUGCAUAUUUUUUGCUUUUUUUAUUAAAAGUACCAGCUUUCAUUAAGUUCUGACUAAAAGUAACGCAGUGGUCCUCCAAACUUCUGUAUGUAUUAAGCAUGACAGCGUGUUAUCAUUUACAGUGAUGUUUUAUUUGUAUAGAACUAAGCAACAGGCUUUCAUCUCCAUAAAUUUUAACUGAGGAAUGCACUGUUCUUUUUUAUUAGCUGUUUUUUAAUUGAGAAACAUGUCUGAUUUGGCAUUUGUCAGCUGCAUUCUUGUUUAGUUGAUUGAAAUGUCAGAUCUAACAGUUUGUCAAGCAUUUAUCUUGGCAAACAUGAAAAAACUCUUUAAAACUAAAGUAUGUGGAUUCCUAGUUUAUGAAGUCCCUUGUUUGAUACAGAAAUGUAGUAGUUAAAGUAAAAAAGAACAUUUAUAAAGUCAGAAAUGUUAUUUCUCUUUGAUGUAAACAUAAGUGAUGUCAGUUGAUGGGUUAUGAAUAUCUCUGUUCACUUAAUAUUAACCCAUCUUACCCCAGAUGUGCAUUUAAACAGUAAAUAAACUUUGUUUUAAAAUCAAUAAUUGAAAAAAAAAUUGGUUCUUAUCAGUUAUUGGCCAACAGAAGUAGGAAAUUAUCGGUUAUCGAUAUACUUAUCGUGCAUCACUAAUUUUUAACGUAAACCCUGCCCCCCACCCCCCCAUCCCCCACCCCCAAAAGCAAAUUAAGUGGCUAAAAAUCUACGGGUUAGAGUAAAUCCCCCUUUUAUGUUUCACUUUCAAUCUUAAAGGAGCAUCCACUCAGCAUCAUAUAGAGAAAGAGGGUGCAACUCUGUUAGGUACCAUCUGAAAAACACAGACUUUGGACUGAACUCUUUUUGUUAAUGCAUCCAGUUCAGUUUUGUUCUACAUCAUAACAUUUGUUUGCUGGACCGUCAUAUAGAACUGAAAAAGCAACAAAGUUGUGCUUUUUUGUGUAUGAAUUUAUGAAACUUACUGAAAAAGUAAUCGGAGGAGAAAUGUAUAAAGCAGAGAAAGAGUGGGGCAUGUCAGGCUGUUGUGUGAGCAGUAAGAGACCAAAGGUGCAAAGAGAAAAGUAGGGUGAAUAGAUUGAAGUAGUCUGUAAAAUAAAAAGUUAAGAGUCUAAGAAGAAUUAAAAGAAAAAAGAUAAGACACUAGAAAUAGGCUACAUAUCUUUGAUAGAGUAAUACCCAGUUGUUUUCUGUAUUUCAGUAUGUUAACACUGUCUUCAUGUAACAGAGGCAGUCCUUUAUUUCAUAUAAUUAUAAGAUAACCAGGGGGCUUUAUUUUUUAUUGGAGGCUUUUCGGCCAUUGUGACUGUAAUUUUUACCCCUUUUAUAAAUCAUGGUUAAAGGUUUAAAUUGUAAUAUUUUUUAUUGUAAUGUUAAAAUACCUUACCCAAAUGUAACAUUAGUUAUUGUCCUUUUUAAUCUUGUCCACCAUGGUGGAAAACAUACAAAAAUAAGUCAUACUGUAUUCAGGUUGGAGUGCACUCCUGAUUUACAUUUAAGUUUGCAGCAUCUAUUCAGUACCUUGUAGCCUUGUGCCUUAUCUCUUAUUCAUAUAGAACCUUUGUAGAUAUCACAUAUAUAAACAUCUUUGUGGAGAUGGUUAAAACAUACAGAGUCCCUCAUGAAAGCUCUGUUAGCAUUGAUGGAGACUACUAUCGUGCCUUUUUCUUAAGCUUUACCACUUGUUUUUUCUGGCACAACUUCUUAUCUUUGACUGUGAUGUUCUCAUUCCUGUAUGUGUCUCUGCUGGAUGUCUUACUGUACUGCAAAUAUGCUUGUCACAUACUUUUUCAAAUAAAAUAUAUCA